CCAGCAACCAUGUGCCGUCCCUCCUGUCUCCACCAGCUGCCGCUCAAUGAUUAGCACUCUGCUCCCUCCUCCGAUUCCAUCUCUUUCACUUCCCCUCUAAUAUCCUCUCUGUAAAUACUAUCAAUUUCCCAAUAAAUAAAGUUUGCUUCUCUUUUAACAUCAAUCUUACAACUCCAAGAACCGGACACAAUCUUUUCAGCUUCCAGCCAACACUCUAGCAGAGAAAAUACUAUACAGUUGUCGCAUGUCAAAUUCAGAGCCUGCUACUACAAACGGAGCAAUAAUGGAGCCCCAGAGACAACAGGCGCCCACCAACGGUUCCCUCGCCGUCAAGAAGCCUCCUUCAAAAGAUCGCCACAGCAAAGUCGACGGUCGUGGCCGAAGAAUCAGGAUGCCCAUCAUUUGCGCCGCUCGUGUUUUCCAGUUGACUCGCGAGUUGGGUCACAAGUCCGACGGUCAGACCAUUGAGUGGCUGUUGCGCCAAGCUGAACCUUCCAUAAUUGCCGCCACGGGCACGGGGACGAUUCCGGCCAGCCUCUCCACCGUGUCAAUUCCCGUCCGCGGAGGGGGUAAUUCUACUUCUCUUUCGUCGACGACUUCUUCUUCGUCCUUGGAUCAUAAACCUUUGCUGGGUCCCACUCCUUUUCUACUCGGGAAACGAGUCAGGUCUGACGAUGAUAACACUGGGAAGGACGAGCCCGGAGGUGCCACGGUGGGACCGGGCUUCGGGUCUAUCGUGGGGUCCGCAGGGGCACACACGGGUGCGUUCUGGGCUGUUCCAGCGAGGCCUGACUUUGGUCAAUUAUGGACCUUUGCGCCUCAGCAUCAUCCAGAGAUGGUGGUACAGACGGCGGCUCAGCAACCAGCUGCGUUUUUUGUUCAGAAACAGCAAACGAUGGGUGAAGCGUCGGCGGCUAGGGUUGGCAAUUAUCUUCCCGGCCAUCUGAAUUUGUUAGCCUCCUUCUCCGGUGCACCGGGAGGUUCUGGUCAAAGAGACGUUGAUCCUCGUUGAAUUUGGGUGAACCAUUUUACUCUUGUUGAAGGAGACUGCCGUGUGAAAGAUUUGGUUCAUUUCUGUAGGAAUGUUAUUUUGGAAAAACUUUUAGAUGUAUUCUUAGCCAUUUCUAAGAUUUAUCUGUGUGCAAAUAAUGUGUUCCUCAUGUAUUGUCUGGGUACAUGUGUGAAUAAAAA